AUGUCUGAUGGACCAGAGUUGAGCCUCACAGGUGCUCUAUGUUACUUGGUCUCUUUUCACACUUCACAUUUGCUGGAUAAACAUGAUGGACAGGAGGCUGAUCCAAUAGGACAAAUAUGACCCAAAAGGCAGGAUUCCACAUUACAGCAGGACCCUUCAUCUAUGUAUGUUUUCAAUGUGGUUGAUAAACAAAAUAAUUCAAAACCUACUUGAAGGUAACAGCGCUCAAUGUUGCCCGUAGUGGCCGGUUUCAACGUCAUCUCUCGACGUCCACAGACAUGUAUGGACAUCAAAUACUGACUUUUAUCACGGGUGACCUGGCUGUCCAUCUCUAUAACUCUAUCUCUUACCCAAGCGUUAGAUUACUUCUCUGUGUCAGUCCUUGAUGGUCCAGUCACACAUGGUCAGGCUCCUCUGUCUCUCUACCUUGUGAACUGUCAUGGUAUAUUGGUGUGGCCAGAGAAGAUGCUGACAGAAGAUCUGUGAUCCCUCUAAAACCUCAGUGUGGUGUCUGGAUUCUUUCUUACUAAUAAGAAAAAGGUUUCCAUGUCCUCACUAACCCUCAAACACCAGUAACUGUGAGAGAAGAGCUCUCUGUAGUGGGAGUGUUCCUAGACUGUGAUAAACAUACUCUGCCUUUUUAUAAUGUUGAUGCAGAGUCACAUAUCUACACUUUUACCAAUUCGGUG